AUGGGUAAGGAACAAGGCUAUCAAUCGUUACCGCACGAAUCCUGCAAGAAAUGGACCAAAAGCAUUUUGCUCACUUUUUGUGCCAGUUUCGUGCUCUGGUCUGUAUGCGAUUCCUCUUCCUGGACAAAUAAUUGGACAGCAGGUAGUCAAUAUUUCGGCCCCGGUCUGCCGUUUACAACUCCAACAACUCACAACGUCACAAUUGUGGAUUUCUACGGUAAACAGCAGACCUCCCCAACAGGAAAUCCUGGCUCGUCGUACUACCAGCACCGCAUUCAACUCAAACCCUCGAUCCCACACACAGUGGCCCGAGAAGACUUCAACGAAUGGCUUCGGCAACAAUCCAAGAUCAGCUUCGAAAGGGUGCUAGCCAACAUCGGAGACACCAAUCUGAACCAAUUGCACACAACAGAUCAAGUAGCAGAAGGUGCUGUCAUCGCAUCACCCUCCAAGCAAUCGCCUGACUAUUUUUACCACUGGAUCAGAGACGGAGCAAUAACCGUCAACACAGUGGUUAACAAGGUCUGGGACGACACUCAGGAUUCACACUCUGGCCUUAAUUAUACUCUCGUCGGCACUGUGCUCAAGUACCUGAAUAACACAUUUGUGCUGCAAAGAACAGAUAACCCAUCGGGAUCUCUGAAUCCUGAUUUUAAAGGACUAGGGGAGCCUAAAUGGUUAGUGAACAGCAAACCAUUCACAGGUAACUGGGGUCGACCCCAAAACGAUGGACCUCCGCUAAGGGUAAUCACCACUUUCAAUUUCCUACAGGUUUUGCACGACUUGGAUCUCAAUAUUGAAAAAGCCAUCAAACUAUACCAAGACGCUACCAACAGCAACCUGCAAUUGGUAUUCGCCAACGACAAGGACUUGUACGACAAGGUCAUCAAGCCGGAUCUGGAAUUCGUGACAACGAAUUGGAAAUCAGAUAGUUUUGAUCUAUGGGAGGAGGUCAAUGGCCAGCAUUUCUUUACCACCUUGACCCAGUUAAAAGCCCUGAAACUGGGAUUGAACUACUUGGUCAAUGUGCAACCAGACUUUGAUGAUAAGUCCAGUCCAUUCUCGGCAACUCUGCAAAACAAUCUCAACGACAUACUAAGUUUUCUUCUGGAGGGCGGUGGAUUCAUCAAUGCCAAUAAAAACUACAUCAUUGAAACACCCGGCAUCUUGGGAAAAAGAUCGGGUCUUGAUAUUGCAGUUUUGAUUGGGUCGAUAUUGACACAUGACGACCGUGGGACGUCCGCGUCGGCCGGCAUCGUCCCUUUUGAUGUUGAAGACAGUGGCAUCUUGAACUCUUUGCAUGGGCUUGUCAAGCAGAUGGAAAUACUGUAUCCCGUCAAUCACCAAAGAGCGAAUGUCAAUCUAGGUGUGGCACUCGGGAGAUAUCCCGAAGACGUCUAUGACGGAGUUGGUACCUCUGAAGGCAAUCCUUGGUUCUUGGCAACAUCGGCUGCAGCUGAAGUUUUUUACAAGGUUAUAUGGCGUUACUACGCUUUGGAAAAGGACUUGGUGAUUCCUAUGGACGGAUGGAAAUCUGAAUUUUGGAGUCGCAUUUUUGACAAGAUCGACUUAACUUCGAAGGACUCUUCUUCCGAAUGGCAAUUGGUCAUACCGUAUGGAUCACCCGCUUUCAAACAAACUAUGGUCUCGCUAUUUACUUUGGGAGACUCGUUUUUAGACAAGGUCAGAGAGCAUGUGAGCGCAGACGGUGAAAUGUCGGAACAGUUGAACAAAUAUACUGGUUAUCUCCAAGGUGCGAGACAUCUGACAUGGUCUUACGGUGCCUUCUGGAGCUCAUGCCGCUGGCGUGCACAGGUGCUCCAGAAGCUCAACAGUGAGGGGGAUGUGAUAUUCUAA